AUGGACAUCUUUCUGGGAAAGGUCACCCAGCAGGCGAUGAACUAUGCCAUUCGCUCGGGAGUCACGAUAACAGCAUCCUACGCCAUCCGACAGUCAAGCAAGCUACUGAGCAGCACGCCCAAGAGCAACAUCCGAGACGAACUCUACAGGCUUCAACAGAAGCUCCAGCACAAAAUUCGCAUCGUGUCACCAGCAAUUGACUUGAUUGAACUGAUCGCCGCGCGUGGAAACACCUCACUGGAAUCAGCUGUCGCGCUGGUGAAGGAGCUGCGCCUGGAGAUCCAGUCGCUUGGUCAGCGCCUAGCGAAAGCUGCGGAAGCCUCCGAACAAGUAGCCAGGAAGUCGAGCAGAUGGAGUAGUCAAGCCAGAGCCCAGAAUGAGGCGGAGUUGAGCCUCAUCAUCAAGGACAUCAGGGCUCUACUAGACAGGAUUGAGGACGCCGUCCCUCUGAUCAACCUUGCCAUCACCACAUCCGGCGCAAGCCUCUCGACACAAUUACCGCAGACUGUCUCGCCCUCUCGACUUCUCCAGGCAAGCACCUUCCUCACAGCAGGCGAUACUCAAUACUCCAUGUCGCCGAACCAUGCUGUCCAAAUCGGACCCACUUUCACCUUAACUGUCUACAUGCUCUUCGCGGGACACAAUCGGCCUCAAGAUGAAGAAGAGCUUCGCGAAACGACCUGGAAAGAAGUCAUUCACAAAGCUCGAGUCAAACUACGCCGCGUGCCUCUCGACCUCGUGACGGGGGCAGGAUCUGGGUCUGACACCAUCCCCUCCGCAGACAUCACAUCACCGGUCAAACUCGCCUCCACCGAUACCAACAGCGAGCCGGUGACCAAUGGCUCCAGCAUUCGUGCCCUGACCCAUGCUGAUGAAUACGCCUACCAACUCCUCAUAGUGGAAGACUUUGACGACGACCGCGUGCACGAUUUUUCUGACGUGCCACUCCAUUCCCAACCUGGCCCUUUCGACGACGUGGCGCUGGCUGGCAUACGUGAGACAAUACCCGUGCAUGAGAUCAGCAAGAUCUUCUACGCCGAUACGAGUAAAGUGUUGAACAUCGGGUCCGACGCCGAGAGUAAUCACCCCGUCUUGCUCUUGAAGCGAGAUUUGAACGCCGUGCCGCCAAGGAGAAUGGCGGAUAGGGACGACGCUACGGGAGCAUGGCGGGAUGGAGAGGAGGGGCACGAAGGAAUCAUCACACUAGAGCAAGAACAGCCGCAGCCUCAUGUCGAAGACGAUUACCGCCAGGCGCAUGCCCAUGCCCGCGCCCCCGACGACCACGAUCCGUGGCGUCUCCCCCCCUCCCUUGACCCGGAGUGGAUUGCCUUCGAAGUCUACGCGGAAUCCGAACCUAGCGACUCUGAGUCCGAAGGCGAGGGCGAAGAUUCAGCGGUCGAAGAUCCUUCCACCACGGCCGACGAGGCAGCAGCCUCCCAAUUGACCUCGCACCUCUCCUCCCUGCACUUGAACACCCCUACGCUCAGCCCCCGCCCCACAACUUCGCAUGGUCAGCUUCGAAGUAGCGCCCCGCCGUGGGCCAACAAGAUCGUCACGUCGCUGUCUCUUCUCGAACUCCUCCUCCGGCUCACCUCGCUGCAGCAGUUUCAACAGCAAUCCCACCUCUCCAUCACGGACGAGCUGCUCACGUUCUUCCUCGAAGAGAGCGCGAGCACGGGUGCGGGCGGCGACGAACGAUACAGACAGCACAUGCGGAUGGAAGCCCGGCGACGCGUAGGCUGGGAUCCCUACAACGAGAGUCCCGUCAAGCGACGGGGCGAGGACUAUCAGUAUCAGUAUGGAUAUAGCGCGGAUGGAAACGGGGAUGACAACAACGACGAGUAUGAAUACCGGUCUGGGUAUCGAGAUGGACACCAUAACGAGAGCCUGGGGAGCAUGAACGGCGGUGGGCGCAGGGCCACCCUGGGGUGGAGCCCGACAAGUGAGAGGACCAGGGAUGGGGAGUCAGUCAGGCGGGACAGAGACAGAAACAGGGAUGCCGGGGAUAGGCGUAUGACGCCGGGUCCCAUGUCGCCUAGUCCGAGGUCGAGUCCGUUGCCGUCACCAGCGACGCCGGCGGGAAAAGCAGGCCGAGCGGCGUGGCUGAGGAGGGACGGCGACGCGAGCAGGAAGGGGAGUCCCCUGCGGCCGGCGACUGCGCUGACGGAUGAAGGGAUUGGCACGAGUCCCGUGAGUGGAGCUGAUGAGAAGACUUGA